CGCCAACCUCAACGGUGAGUGCAACUUCAUCGGUUCACCUGCCGGUCCUGGACCUCAAGCCUUCCAGACUUCACCUCGGAAGGAGAAACAAAGUUUAUGAUCCUGUUUAAGCUCGAGAAUCAUCUGCCGAGAUCAGGUACGCCAGGGACCAACAGGCACGCGCCAGCAAGCCUCGGUGCGGUGUAACGUUCAAUCCUUAUUGACUGAUACCAUGUUCUCAAACGGAUAACUUAAGCUUCAUUCAGGUGCCAAGAGCAAGUAUGACUUUGACCGUCGUCGGUGGCAGACCGUAUUGAGCCUAGAGAUGCUACGAUACCUGCUGUUUCAGUGCACCUGCGCCGAGCAGCACAUGUACUAUGCCAUGCUGCCCUGCAAUCCCUUCCAAGCCGUUUUCUUAGGGACCAAUCGUGGCUUUCGAGAGUGGGCUAUCCUGGCUCCGGAGGUGAUCCCAAUACGUCCCGGCGCCGUGCGAUCUUCGCGACGAUCGUAUAACUUGACAAGCCAAUCGCAUUAAAGCUUUUGCUGACAGGCUGUUGAGUUUAUGUUCUGCGAUUUGUGCAAGGGCAAGCAAGCUGUCAUAAUUUAUCUAUUCAUGCGAAGAAAUAGCAUCUCUGAAAGAGUUUGAGAUGUGGAGUCGCCCAUUUCUUACUUAUCAACGCACACACAUAUUCAUAUGCGUGUCUUUGCACUCAAUGAGGCGUUUAGACGUUUAUCCUAAGAUCUUGUUGGACCGCCGCCCAAGACCCAGGGACUUGGGCCUGGACUGCCCGUCGACGCCACGGGCCUCCCGUCUCUGUACCCGCUGAAGCCGCGUCACAACAGAAAUCCUAGUGAUAUGAGUGGGCUUAUGCCCUCCCCCCCCCCCCUUUCAGGAUUGCUGGAAAUCCAGGAAACAAACAUAGCACAACACGACGACAAGCAAGCAGGCAAGGCAUUCCUUACCACAUUCAACAACCCCACAUUGGCUGCCGAACACAUAAUGACUGCCGGGAGCCUAUGGUCCCUACCUACGGACACACUUGCGAGAUCGUUUGGUUCAGCCUCGAAGCACAGACGAGUAAUGACAAUUGUACGACGAUGACCACUUACUUAAAACUCUACUGUGCAGUUUGGGUGCUUGAGAUAGUGACGCCUACAAAACUGGCCGCCGAUCCACAACCCGGUACUGACGUGUAAUUGCUUGCUCGAUGGUAGCGAACCAAGGAUUACGCUUGAUUCAUGGCAUAUCUGCAACUUGCAGAUGCCAUUGUCAGUGGCGGGUGCCGUAGCCGCUCUAGCGCUGCCCCUAGCCACAACAACUAUGGAGAUGACACCCGUAAAAUAUCGAGGCUGGACUGUAUCAGCCAGAGGCAAAGCCAAACAGGAGCGUAACGGCACCUACCAGCGCUGAGCAUCCGUCAUUCUUGAACUCUAAUAGCACCACAAGCCCGAAACCCAUCGGCCUGGGUCAGAGCGCUCCAAUCUCGUGAUCCCCUCACAAGCAGUGGUGAGAGACUAUGUGAGUGGCUUCUUACUCUUACAACGUUCACAAUCACAACCACAACCACAACCAAAGUCGGCAAUCUAGCGCCAAGCCACAGAGGCUUACCAACGUUGAGGAAAUGCAGAUCCAGUUAGGGAUAAAAUUUUAUGCCCAUGUCGAAAAUUGUGGUCUGGCCUAUUCAGGACAGGGUACUGUCAAGUAUGACCCCAAACUCAUAUAUGUGUCGGUAUGUAUGCACGUGUAAAGACAGAUGCAUAUGCAAUGAUACCCCAAACUCCGGUCUGGUCCUCGCGUAGCACAAUCCCGUUCAUUGCACGUUCUCUCUCAACCGCCUUGACUCCAUCGUCCAUACAAACAACGUAUGUACAUAAAAAGGGACAUGCAGAUGGGGGUGGAAGCGGCGAAAACUAGCUGACACUCCACACUCCACAUCGAAAAGGCUGCCAAUAUCGCACACGCCAUGGUGUGUCAGCCACCAUGGACCUGGUCACCUUUCUCUGCUUCUCCAACUGGGUUCCUAAAUUGUGAACUAAGAGCCAUGGGCGCCAGGUCUUGGCCUCUUGUUGAGUCCCUGCUCCAUGUCGAUAACCACCCCUGAUCCAGGAAGCGGCCAUAUCCCAGCAACCACCACGAGCCUGUCAAAGCUGUUCAUGAGUGUUUUGGGAUUGGUGACGUUUCUCUUGUCCUGAACGAUACGACGCUAGGUUCUCUCAAGCCAGGCCAUUUGUUUCUUCAUCUUGCCCCAUCCUUCAUUCCCCCUGGCUUCUUGAUCGCCCUGUGUACCCUGUUCAAGCUCGCAUGCCUGAGCCCUUCAGGUUUAGACUGCCCGUCAGGUUGUUUCCUCCACACCUCGAGGCAAAGAAGUCUCUUUGGAGAGGUACCUGUCUGUAUUGCUUUAAAGAACCUGGCAUCCCAGUCCACAACGCUUUGUUCCCACGUCGUUGUAUGUGGCUUGGACGAGUUGGUUUCACUAAUACUGCGACUUCUCCAGUUCAGCCCCGACCACUUUGAAAUUCUCCGCUCAGACUGUUUAUGGCCCUGUGUCUUCUGGCAUUUCCUAACCUGGCUCCCUCGUCUGCGUUGCCCUACGGUUGAGUAGCCCCCACAUGGGAUUUGGAACAACCAUCAAGGCCAAACGCCGCCAUUAUAUCUGAUAUACAAAAGGCUUGGGCGUCCCACCAACGGCAAAUAACCCCCGACUCAUCGUUACUCUCUUGAACCACCAUCUCCUUCUCUCCAUCGCUAUCUUCUUGUAAUACGACCAGGCUUAGUCCUCAAGACUGUUUGCCUGAUUUCGCUCUUUACUCACCAACGCUGCUGUUUCCUCAACUGUCUAUUAGAUCAGCAACGUUGCGGACUGGACGAUCGUUCAAGCGUUCCUUGACUUCACAUUGCGUAAUAUCUCAAGGUACAAUUCAUCAUUGAUCAGUAAUUGAGAAUCGAAUUAUCCGUCACACCGGGCAAUAGACCACGAUAACCGCUGCGCGGUCACUCCUCGCCUUGCUCGCCGUAUUGUUAUGGAAGAUAGUCGUUCACUGUCAAAACAGUCUGAAACGAAACCACGAACCUCAGCUCCUCAACUUCCCAAUAUGUCUAUGCUUGCUACAGCAUCUCCUUCUCCUCACCCUUCAUCCUUCGGUAUGCCCCGUCCAUGGGAAACCAACCGAUGUCCCGACUAUUCGCUUCGACCGAGGACCGAGAACGACAAAGUUGCACUUCCUUCAAUUCGACAGGCAUUCCCCGAAUUACAACUUCAGACCCAGCCGCCACAUGAUCUCAAUACCAAGCCGCCAUCUACAGGGCCACCCUUGGGCGCACCACCAUUGACCGCAGCAUCGCCUCAAUAUAUACACUCACCCAAUUCUAGCAAAAGAAGGAGACUAUCAAUGGAGCGUGAAGUUGAAACGGAGAGAGUCCGUCAAGUACCACGCUUGUGCUACAGUCCCGAUCGAGCUUCACCCAGGCAGAUUUCACCACACCUACCUAUCCAAGGGGGGUCACAGGAGAAUUGGGCCGCUCCCACAAGGACAAGCCCGUUUCUGACAAACGGGUCAAAUUCUCACUCAGUCCCAAUGGAAGCCAGUGAGAGAGCAGAGUCUCGGCCGACGCUGCCCAGUCUUCCUCCACCACGUUCUUUGGAACGAGAACUACCUGUGGGCCGUGGCACAGCACCUUCAGACGGCUAUCGACCACCUCAGCAGUCGAUGUCACAUUCACGAACUCCCAUAUCUGAGCCUGGCGUCUCACCAUACCAUGAAAACGGUUAUGGGUAUCCUUACCACCACCCAACACGAUAUCAGUCACUAUCCACGGGAUCCGCUCACUCGUAUGAUCGGACACCUUUCACUCCAGGCACAUAUAAUACACCUUACCAAGAUUUUGUUCGAUUUGGAGACAUGAGCUCUGCCAGUCUCAGCGGUGAUAACAAACAACGGAAGCGAAGAGGAAACUUGCCCAAAGAGACUACAGACAAGCUCAGGGCGUGGUUCGUCGCACACCUUCAACACCCAUACCCUACCGAGGACGAAAAGCAAGAUCUCAUGCGACAGACUGGACUGCAGAUGAAUCAAAUCUCAAACUGGUUCAUCAAUGCUCGACGUCGCCAAUUGCCAGCCAUGAUCAACAACGCUCGCGCUGAAACUGACGCCAUGACGGGCGCUCGAGGCGGUGACCUAAAGGUCCUCGCCACAACAGAACGGGGUGACUUUGACCACUCCAAACGAGAGCCCGCCGGACCCUUAAGUGACGGUGAGGGCGCCACUUAUGACGAGGAACUUGAGGCGUUGAGCCAGCGAAGGCCUGGCACCAUCGGCAGGGGCAGUGUCUAAAUUCAGGUACUAUGAAGAUCUGCAUCGGCCAUUAUUUGAAUGAUCUUGUUUUUUCGGAGCGAUACCCUUUUUCGGGUUUGGUAUGGGAAUAGCGCAUUUUAUGUUCUUGCUACUGUUUCUUCUUCAUGUUUGAGGUUUUAGCCUCCAAACGCGUUUAGCGACGGGAUAUCCCUUGGGUAUUUGGGCCAUCUAAAGUGGGGAUAUUGUUUUUCCCCCUUGGUCAGCCAUUGAACCUAUGAGGAACAAAAAGCAUGGAGAACGAUCAUCAACAUUUCAACGAAGAAAACGCGAUAUAUACGAUAACAGCGUUCUGCACGGAGGAUAAACAGAGGAUGGGUCUCCCGGAUGAGCAUUGGACUCGAAGAAGAUUAGACACCUCGCGGACAAUCUACGAUAAUCUAGGGGCUCAUGAUGACUUUGGCAAAAGGUGAACCAGACGCCUUCCUUGUCAAAUCAUACCAAGUCAAAUCAAAUCAAAUUACAAGAAAAGGAAAACUUUGCCAAUCAGGGAUGAGCCAACUACAGACCACAGUACUAGGAAGCGUCCGUCCGACAGUGACCUACCGUCUGUGCAUGUAUGGGUGGGUGUAAGUCCAGGCAGGACGGGCCAUGGUAGGAUUUUAGUUGAUUCACCUAUUGAGGACCGCUAACCAUACUAAAAAAAGCUUUGAUCUUAAGUGGGAAUACCAAUUAUCGUGAAUUUCCCGACCCCCGGUCCACCAAUAUAAUAACAUGAGGCAGCCGGUCAGCCAGUCUUACCGAUACCAUCGCUAACACUCACUUAUUACUCGCUCAAGAAUCCCUAUGUUUCUCAGCGCAGAUUUAGGGGGACUAUGUGGAGUCAAUGGAGAGGAUGAUCUUAGCCGGGGCUAUUUAGAAUGUCACCAGUCAUGUAUAGCGUCAACGGCUAGCCUAUGUUAGGAGCCACUGGUUUGAUAGAACCAACUACCACCUCACUUCGAAUCCGAUCAGGUAAAGAAGGUCUGCCAAGUUGAGUGAGGAAAGGAGACCAUGUUCCGAGAAGGGAGCCAGGGACCAAGUUGAGGUCCGUGUUAAAAAUGUCUUUGAACGGAGAGCCAGUCGGCCGGUUCUGUCAUCCUAAACUGGGCUACGGAGGAUUUGACGACACUGACUCUGUUAAUGCAAGACACACCCGACGGAGAUUCUCCGGUGCUCGGAAGUUUGCUGCAGCAGGAGAAGGCGAGGAAGGGUGUGGGUGGCAUACAUACCUAGCUACCUGGGUGGGAGGCUGGAUGGUUGCAUAAAAGACGAGUUUUUCAUGACUUAGCAAUGAUGAGCACACAUUCGAUGGCAGUUAUGCAUGGUGCCAAGAAGGGAAUCUGAACGAGAAAUACAGUGAGAAGGAAAAAGAGGUAGUAUCCGAUAUCCAUAGCACGGAGAGGCACGUUGUCUACUAGUCAAUAGCAGACAAUAGCUCAUGGUUGAAGAUAUGCAGCAGCACCACCACCACCACCACCAACAGCAACAGGAACACCCACAGGUGCGCCUCUGCCGCUGCAUGCACAUCUAGACAACCUCAUGAGGCGGCUGCCUUCCCAAAAAAGUAACUCAUGCCUUGUGACGGUUUGGAAGCGACUGUGAUGCUGUCACGGCCAGGUCAAGGGCGCUUGGGAUGCGGCACUUGCAAAGGCCAGAUCGGGCUUCUAGGAACGCCCUGAGCCGUGAAUGCCGCAAGGACAUCUCCUUGUAAAGUUCAGUCGAACGAUCUACGCAUGC